UUGGUAACCCACUCUCUGAAACUUUCAAGCAAAAAUGGAGGCCGGAGACGAAGCAUUAGAGAUUAAUGAUUCAAAGGACUUACAACAACAAAGCAAAGCAUUAGAUAAACUAACUGACCAUGUUGAAGAUCGUCAACUCGAUUCAUCUCGUGUUCAAACGGCUAUGGCUUCAAUUUAUGCAUCCAAAGAAGCUGAUCUUCAAGCUAUGAGGAUGAGGGAGAAGGAACUAGCCGCUGUUAAGAUUAAUGCUGCUGAUAUUGAUAUAAUUGCAAACGAACUAGAGGUGGACAAGAAGGUUGCCGAAAGGACCUUGAGAGAGCAUAAAGGUGAUGCUGUAGCUGCAAUAAGGCAUUUGCUCAACUAGUACAACAACUACCACACCUCAGUCCCAAACAAAUUGGGGUCGGCUAUAUGAAUCCCCACUUUGUUAUUUAGCUCGUUUCAUGUCAUUUGCUCAACUAGUGCUACAACAAAGAUGAGGAAAAAACAGUGCCGGGAAAUGUUUCCUUCGAUUCUGGAAUGUACUGGCAAAGAGACUAUUAAAUGUUUAUGCUAUAUAUGUAACUUUGAUCUGUUGAAUGUUGUCUUUCAAUUAUUGUACUUGGUAAUUGCUAAUAUUGAAGUGAAAAAUUAAAAGUGA